AGAGGCUGAUACGCCACCUACUGCAAAACCGAGCUGACAGCGCAGGCGAUGCUGCCAGCGUUUCCAUUCCAUCACCAGGCUGGGGCUGAAUAAAGGCGUGCUUGUGUGGUAGUGUUUCUUUUUAAAAAAUCUCAAAGCCAAGAAGAACAAGCUGAAAUAGCAUCUUCAAAAAAUGGAGCGUAAAAUAAACAGAAGAGAAAAAGAAAAAGAGUACGAAGGGAAACACAACAGCCUGGAAGAUACUGAUCAAGGAAAGAACUGCAAAUCUACACUGAUGACCCUCAACGUUGGUGGAUAUUUAUACAUUACUCAAAAACAAACGCUGACCAAGUACCCAGACACUUUCCUUGAAGGUAUAGUAAACGGAAAAAUCCUCUGCCCGUUUGACGCUGAUGGUCAUUAUUUCAUAGACAGGGAUGGGCUCCUCUUCAGGCAUGUCCUAAACUUCCUACGAAAUGGAGAACUUCUAUUGCCCGAAGGGUUUCGAGAAAAUCAACUUCUUGCACAAGAAGCAGAAUUCUUUCAGCUCAAGGGACUGGCAGAGGAAGUGAAAUCCAGGUGGGAGAAAGAACAGCUAACACCCAGAGAGACUACUUUCUUGGAAAUAACAGAUAAUCACGAUCGUUCACAAGGACUGAGAAUCUUCUGUAAUGCUCCUGAUUUCAUAUCAAAAAUAAAGUCUCGCAUUGUUCUGGUGUCCAAAAGCAGGCUGGAUGGAUUUCCAGAGGAGUUUUCAAUAUCGUCAAAUAUCAUCCAAUUUAAAUACUUCAUAAAGUCUGAAAAUGGCACUCGACUUGUACUAAAGGAAGACAACACCUUUGUCUGUACCUUGGAAACUCUUAAGUUUGAGGCUAUCAUGAUGGCUUUAAAGUGUGGCUUUAGACUGCUGACCAGCCUGGAUUGUUCCAAAGGGUCAAUUGUUCACAGCGAUGCACUUCAUUUUAUCAAGUAAUUACCUGUGUCACGAACAAAGGCAACAAGCAUGCAGCCAGCAAGCUUCGGAAAACCACAGCAUCAAAGGCAUCCCAAAUAACAUGCCCAGCUAGCUCUGUACUACAGAGCCCUGCUACUAAUCAAUUACUGUGAGCUAACGGUAUGUAAAUUCUAUCGCUAAAGAUGUCCUUCCUCUGGGGUGUUCCUGCUGAUCAGACUCUUCCACCUAAGAUGAAAACAGUAACCUUCUAUAUAUUGUAAAUAAAGACUGAAUGCUUUUGCUAUUUAUUUGUCCUUAAGCUGUCUUUCAAUCAGAUUGUCUUGGGUAUUUGCACAAAAAACAAAGCAUGUACAUUAUCUAUCGUUCAUUUCAGUAACUGGUAAUAAAAUAUUUUAAGGGGCUAUUAAGAUUUGAAAUCCUUUCUACUAUGGCAAAAAUCUACAGAGAAACUGAACUGGUAAAAUUAACCACCUGGAGCAAAACAGAUGUGCAGAUCUAACUAAAACAGAGCUAUAGUGAAGCAAAAUGAGAUUGUAAGAAGACAUUAAAGCUAUUGAUUUGAUUUUUCCAUAGCAGGCACCAAAAGCUCAUAUUCACAGUUCCUGUGUUUCAUACUAGACUUAUAGCUGAAUUGGUAUUUUGCUGAAAAUUCCUAGAAAACUGCUUGAUGACAAUAAAAAGUAAAUAAAAGCACUGCUA